CAAUACAUUCUGGACAUACUGAUGAUCCGAUGGUGGGAUCGUAAAACCUUUUGUAUGUUUAAUGAUAUUAUAAUAGUUUUAUUUAUUGAACAAUGCUGCCAUUCAAUCAAGCGUGCAGAGUAUCGUUUCCGAAACGAAGGAAUGGUUGUUAAGAACCUAAAAAAAACCAACAAACGAUCAUCUAAAAACACGAUUGGCGUUAUGAGGUGUUAUGUUUCAUUAUAUGAAGAAAAAAACACCUAUCCUAACGUUUACCUACAUCUUGGUACGAGAAUUCCAUCCUUCACUAGUUCCUCACUGGACGUUUGCUUGUACGGCGUCAUCUCGGGCGCAGCUGUUUUCGGUACAAAUGCAAAGUGGAUAUGCUAAUGCAAAGGCUGAUAAAACAUCGUGCGUCAACGUUGGCAAAAUAAUAAUAAUAUCUCAUCUCUCACCCGAACGCCCGGUACGUGGGAUCUGUGCGAAGAUCGAAGUGGUAACUGCGCGUAUUCUUUUUGAUGAUGUGUUUUUUUCUUUAUGUUUCAAAGGAACCACAAUCAAACGCCAAUAAGAUGAAUGGCGCUUGGAACGGAGCAAGUGCUUUUUUAUGCGCUUUUGAUGGUUAGAUUUUACUGUGCAGAACCCGCGCGUUAAUAAAAUAGUGAACAAAGAAGAAUUGAAGAGUGGGUUUUGGGUUGUUGCUGGCGAGAACUGACGGAUAAAGACAUGGAAACAAGACUAUAAUAUUUGAACUUGACCGUAAGAAUUGGUCGUAAAGUGAUGCUAAUCUCGCAUGUAAAUAUGAUAUGAUUUCUAAACCGUUAAUAGUAUGGAAAAGGAAACGCGAUAUGCUAAUUGUAGCCGGAACUGGCUCCGCGUGGUCACACAGAGUACACCAAUAGUUCAUAUUGCUCUACUGCACACUCUACGUAGAAGGAGCCAAGUGGGAGAGUUGGUAAUGCACGAUUGCAGUAACACGUCCGGCAUUGGUUCAAAUCUCGAGCGUUAGAGGGUGGUGGACGGGCAAGUUAUCACACAACAAAGAUCUCCCAACUAUAUGAAAAUUGUGGAAGGACUCUUCCCUGUUUUUAAAGCAAUAUGACGUAUGACAAAGCAUUAUCUUCAUCAAUAUUGCAUAAAUGAAAAUCAGGGUUAAUCACGCAAUUGGGAUUCACCUUUUGUCACUGAGGGAAAUUUGUCUCAGUUAUUUCUGAGGCUCAAAUACGUUCGGUUCUAUAUGGCAUUCAAACCACCCGCCAAUCAACCAUUUCUGGAGCAAAAUCUCAAACGAACGCUCCACAAUUUGCUUGCAGUAGGACACAUCUUUGCAGUAGUACCAUGGGAUCUAGAACCGUUUGAACCUGUACCGGUGCCAGCAUUACGUUGGUUGCGGACGUUUAUUCGCGCUGCAAAUCUAGUGUACUCCAUUGUGAUUAUUGUUGCCAUAUGUACAGCCACGCUGUUCAAUCAUACCGGAACGAUAGCCUCAGAUUUUUUUGCUAUCCGAACAUUGUACCUGGCAGAGUAUAUAAUCGCCAACAUUACCGUCCUGCUGAUAAUGGGCGGAUGUCGCUUUCUGCGGACAUUUUACAUUACCUUCGGUAAUGAGAUCGUUUCCAUCGGACACAGUUUGUACAUUUGUCAGGUAUCGAUCGACUUUCGGUUGGUGCAAUCCAUCAUUAACAGGCUGGUGGUUAGUAGCUUGCUGUACUUUUCCUCCUUAGUGUUGUUAGAUGUACUGUUUAACGUUGACACAUCGUGUAAAUUCAUUUGCCGUACCUUGGUCUAUACACUUCCAAAUGCGAUCCACGUGUUUGCCCUACAUCAGUACGUAGCGAUGCAAUUACUUGUCUGUUACUACUUUCGAUCAAUUAACAAAGCGUUGAUGAGAUGCGAUGAUCGUUCUAGUAAGAAAAUGUUUGAUUGUACGACUUUCUUGGAAACUCUGAGAAAAGCUCAUCUCAGACUUAGUAAUCUCAUCGUGGAGCUAAAUGAGAACUUUGGAGUUCUUAUUGUCUGUACCGUGCUAUCUUCGUUCGUGGUGCUUAAUCUUCAGCUAUUCAACUUGUACAAGGUUACAGCAAUAACGAGGAAACGGUUCUGGAGUUCCAACGAUAGCUUUCAGCUAGCAAAAACCUUGAUGUGGAUAGGAUUGCACGCUGCCAAGGUCCUCCUCAUCCUUUACCCUAUACACCUUGGGCGACGCGAGCGAGACCGUACCGGACCAGUACUCUAUCAGUUCGCUAUUCACUACGAUACUAACGACUCCACUGAGCAUGCAGUAAGAAUUCGGGAAGGUUACUCACAGUGCGUAGUUGCGUUACAAUGCCACAACCAUCUUCCAUUGCAGUUGAUGAAGUUCGUUGGUCAACUGUUGCACGGUACGGGACCCUAUAAGGCGUGCGGGGUGAUAACGCUCGACUUAACACUCAUUAGCAAGGUAUGGGAGGAAUUUCUUGAAGUGCUAACCACCGUGUAAAAUCAAUGUUUUCCCUUCUUCACAGAUCUUUGCCUCACUUACGACCUAUUUGGUGAUUUUGAUUCAGUUUGAUUCAACGUUUACUCAUAGUUCGAAUUAAGAUAGUGUUCACUAUUUGCAGUGUUGUACUCCGACAGGAAUUUCCCUUUGGAAUGUAAAUAGUGCGCUACUGAUUGUCAUCAGCUCUGAAACCAUCAUUAUAACCAUUUAUUGCACCCACAGGACAUUGCGGGUGGUAAAUUAUGUUACCAGCUUUAGUCAGAACCACUUAGAAAUUACAUGAUUAAAACGUGAUGCUUCACGCGCUUCCACCCGAGCUAGUCACGCGAUACAUAUCUCAUACCGAAUCCGGGGGGCGUUGGAAAUGGGUUUGAAAAUUCGAGUAGUUGCAUCGUUGCAUCAGCUACACGAAGAAGUGUUUCCAGCCAGCAUGGUGCUGGAGCUGCUUUCCAACAAGCAAUUGUUUCGGAAAGAAUUUCACCAAACGACGCACAAGCUGGUACGUGCCUGCAAAGUCUUCGGUACCGUUCCGUGGGAAGUUACGCUAUUCGAGAGCAAUGGCAAACCGCUUAAUGGAUGGGCGGUGUGGCUUAUCCGUGCAUCGAACGGGCUAUACUCGGUCUGCUUAAUGAC